GGUGGUGCGCAAGAGAAAACAAAUUGCGACACUGACAACAAUUGGAUGUAGUGUGCAAAUGUUAUUUAACUAAAUAGUGCCGAUCACCUACAAUUAGCGUAGAUAUCGGUAUGGACCUCGAUUGGCAAAACAGUUUAACAGAACUUAAGGACCGCGGUCAGUAUUUAUUGCAUUCAGAAAAAUGGGCCGACUGUCGUUUUCUUGUGGGCACAACGCCAAACCAGCGCCUCAUUUCUGGCCACAAGCUGCUGCUGGCGAUGGCCUCGCCCGUGUUCGAGCGAAUGUUUUACGGACAUCUUCCGGACAAGACUGACCCCAUUGUUAUACCAGACGUGCAGCCUGAAGCUUUUGAAGCGAUGCUCGAAUAUAUUUACACAGAUCGCAUUACCAUCGCCUCCUUCGACAAGGCAUGUGAGCUGUGCUACGUGGCCAAGAAAUAUAUGCUGCCACAUGUGGUGACCCGCUGCACCCAUUUUCUUUGGGCGGAUCUCAGUCCCAAGAACGCAUGUCGCGCCUACGAAUUCGCGAAACUAUUUGACGAGCCACGUCUCAUGCAGAGCAGCAUGGAUCUGAUAGCGGCGAAUACGCGCGAGGUGUUGACCGAUCCCAGCUUCCUAGAUAUAGAAGUGUCGACGCUAAUGGCUAUUUUAGAUCAAAACCGACUCAACAUCGAUUCCGAGCUAGAUUUGUUCAACUGUCUGCUGAAAUUUGCCAGCGAGCGUGGUAUUCUGAACGAGAGCGCCCACGAUGACAUAGCCGGAAGCAGUCGCAGCACUGCCGACAAGGAUAACGGCUGCAAAGAGAGUAACGACGACGGUGGCAUAGCCAACGAGGUGGUAGUGGAGGAAAUCAAAAUGGAGCCAGACGUGGCUGCAAUGGUGCAGCACAUGCACCACGACGAUGACGUAGACAGCUUUGAUCAUGUGGCCGAACAGGCGGAAACGGCAGCAACAGCGGCCGCAUCCAACUCAUCCACAUCCCCCUCAACAUCCAAUGCCAAUGUAAGUGCUAUUGUCGAUGAUGUGGUCAUAAUAGACAGCGAUGCCUCUGGCAAUGCCAACGAUGAGAUGAACGAAGCUGAGGCGGCAGCAGCUGCAGCCAACAUGAUCAACAUUAUGGACGCACAGCGCACGAUCAUGGAUGGUGCCAUGCUGCGGCAGGCAGUGAAGAAGAUACGUUUCCUCACUAUGACCCCCCAACAAUUCGCCGAGGGACCAGCACGCUCCAAAUUGUUGCAGCAACACGAGGCCCUGGCCAUACUGAUCAAGAUCUCCAGCCCGACACUGAACGACUGCAACAUGCCCGAGGGUUUCUGUACAUCGCGCAGCACCCGCAACUUCUAUGAGUCGGCGCAUCGGCAGCGUGAGCUACCGGCCUCGUAUCGGCAUGUAGGUGCCACCGCCGCCAGCUCCUCGGCCACCUGCUUUCCGGGCACGGCCGGUCGCAGCACUGGCAUGACAAUGGCAAAUCAAGGCCUGCUCGGUCGCAUGGGAGCCACUCUGCAGCGCACCAGCGUGCCACUCAGUGUGGAGAACAUCAAUAUGCCGGUGAAUGCUACAUUUUUCUCGGAUGACAACGCCCUGGCGAUGGGUGUCAGUGUCUCCGACAAUCCGAUGGCACAGAGUAGCACCAGCGCUAGCAGCAGCGCUUUAGGAAAUUCAAAUGCCACUCUGCGUUGUUUUGGAGAUGCUUUCGAGGCCUCUAAUGCAAGCAGCCGUGUCGCUCACGCAUCUGCCAAUGGAGUGCCGGCCAAUUCUAAUGACACGGAACCUGCCGCUGGCGCAUCAAGCAGCUCCCAUCAUGACAUGCUCCGCUCCUAUUGCAUGCGCUCUCUAAAUCGGCAAUUCGAUUAUCGCAACACCAGCGUCACCGAAUGCGGCGUUACCUUCCAGGUGGACACGAAUAUUUGGAUCACCGGCGUGCAGGUGCCAACACAGGUACUGUGCGGCGAACUAAUGAACUCGGCCGGCUUCACCGAACGCUACACUGAAGUGCUGUACGCCCACAUCCAGGAUAUGCACGGCUCUCGCAUUACUUACACACAUUGUACGGCACGUGUACGCUACGAUUCGCUGCUGGACAUCACAUUCGAUCGGCCGGUGUAUAUCUAUCGCAAUCAGAUCUAUAAGAUAUAUGUGGUCUUCAACAAGAUCGGCUGGUAUCCCAUGUACUCCUGUGUCCCCGAUGCCAUCUGCAAUCGCGUCAAAUUCAUGUUCAAUGUGGGAAAUCCGUCGGAGUCAGUGCGUGAUGGUCUCAUCUAUGCCAUCAUAUUCUCUGCUCCGCAGGAUCAUGCUCGCCAUUUGGUGGACUAAACUGACCAUUCCUCCACCCCCUUCCCCCACUUGGUCAAGGUAUUCAAAAGUUUUUCUAGUGUUUUUUCAAAAUAUUUUAAUAAAUAAAUUUAACUUUAUUACGAUUUGAGCUCAUGGCGAAAAAAAAGACAA